CACACACACACACACACACACUCUUCAUCUCCUUCCUCUCUCUCUCUCUUCAUCUUCACGUAUCCACAUUAAAUCCCUUAUUUUCUCUAAUGGUGAGCUUUUUCGUGGAAAAACCACAGACCAUGUCAGCGAGUCAAAACGUUUUCGUAUCAGAGACCACAAUGUCAAGUAUCAUCCCCAACAACAACAACAACUCUUCUUCCCAGAAACUCCCUCCUGGUUUAAUCUCAAUUUCCAAGAAAAAUCUUCUCAAGAACAUUGACAUCAUCAAUGGUGGUAGUGGCCAAAGAAUCAACGCUUGGGUCGAUUCAAUGCGAGCUUCUUCUCCUACUCAUCUCAAAUCACUUCCUUCUUCUAUCUCCUCCCAGCACCAACUCAACUCAUGGAUCAUGCAACAUCCUUCAGCACUAGAAAUGUUCGACCGGAUCAUAGAAGCUUCUGGAGGGAAACAAAUCGUAAUGUUUCUUGACUAUGACGGUACCCUAUCUCCCAUAGUUGAUGAUCCAGACAAAGCUUUCAUGUCAAGCAAGAUGAGAAGAACUGUGAAAAAACUGGCUAAGUGUUUCCCCACUGCUAUAGUUACUGGUAGAUGCAUAGACAAGUUGUAUAACUUUGUGAAGCUUGCUGAGCUGUAUUAUGCUGGAAGCCAUGGCAUGGACAUUAUAGGCCCAGCAAAAGGCUUCUCCAGACACAAGAGGGUUAAACAGUCUCUUCUGUACCAACCAGCUAAUGACUAUCUUCCCAUGAUCGAUGAGGUACAUAAACAACUCUUGGAGAAAACCAAAUCAACCCCGGGAGUCAAAGUAGAAAACCACAAAUUUUGUGCUUCUGUGCACUUUCGUUGCGUCGAUGAGAAGAAAUGGAGCGAACUGGUUCUACAGGUUCGUUCGGUAUUAAAGAAAUUCCCUACGCUGAAACUGACCCAAGGUCGGAAGGUUUUCGAAAUCCGUCCUAUGAUUGAGUGGGACAAAGGCAAAGCUCUUGAGUUCUUGUUAGAGUCACUUGGAUUUGGGAACUCUAACAACGUUUUCCCGGUUUACAUCGGCGACGAUCGGACCGACGAAGAUGCAUUUAAGAUGCUACGAGGGAGAGGCGAAGGCUUUGGCAUUCUUGUCUCCAAGUUUCCCAAGGACACAGAUGCUUCGUACUCUUUGCAAGAUCCAUCCGAGGUGAUGGAUUUCUUGCGACGAUUGGUGGAAUGGAAACAAAUGCAGCCAAGAAUGUGAACAAUGUUCGAGAUGCCAACGGACAUAUUGGUGGAUUUAUAUAAUGAAUAUGUACAUGCCUAACUUUUCGUGGAACGUUUGUAAUUGGUAAUAUAUGUUUAGGGCAAUAUCUUGAUCUGCCCCGGUCCCCUUAGGUUCAUUUUCUUGUUCAUCGCAUUUUGUUUUUGUAAGAAAAAAAAAGAUGAACAAGAAAAGAAGGUGACAAAUCUGUUUCGAGUAGUCUAGCUACUAAGUUGGUAACUAUUAUCUUUGUGAAAGUAUUAUGUAAACGCGUGUUAGUUAAUAAAGUAGUUUUAUUUGUUUUCA